AUGCCCUUUCUUCGCCGUCGUGGCAUUAUGGCCAGUGAGACCGAUAUGCGCCGCCAUACCCUCUUCGCGCCCAGUUCCCCGACCAUGGACGCGCCGCCGGCCCUCCCGCUGCCCGAUCUCAUCAGCGACAACGAGGGCGAGACUGUCGCCCGCCAGCCCACCCGCGAUUCAUCCAUCAGCCGCCCCGAAUCCCCCCCGAUCCAGGACGAGACCAGCAAGCAUCGUCGCUUUUCCGUCCUGAGGUUCCGCAAUGCCUCCGAUUCCCAGCUGUCCCUCCGAGCCAAGCAGCAGGCCGAGAAGCCCCCUCCUGUUCCGCGACCCCCCGAAAUCAUCACCACCGCUCCCACAAAUGACUUCAAUGGUCCCCGGAAGAAGACCUCCCGGAUGAGCCUGGCUUCCAAGUUUCGUCGCUCCACCGACAUCUCCCGUGAUGAGGUGCCGCCCAAUCGUCCUGCGCCCAGGAAGACGUUCAGAAAAUCAUUUGCCGACGACAGGAGUAGACCCUCACUCGCCACACUUGAGGAGCCUGAAUCUCCUCGCCCAUCGACCCAUGCCAACCACAGCAGUCCCAACGGCACUGUUCUCACACCCCCCCCGAACCGACAAUCCGAGUCCUCGAGAUCAGAUGCUAGCUCCAAUGACCGCCUUUCACACCAGAGUCCCAACACAACUCCCAAAAAGCCGACCACUCCGUUCUUCAAAUUGCGACGGGUAAAGAAACCCCCGGAGCCCCUGUUUCCGCUUGCACACCUUCAACAACAGAAGAACAAGCCGCCAGCCAUUUCCUCAUCGUCGUCACUUGCCAUUACAUCCACUCCACGACCUGCAUCUGCGCAUACCGGGGAGUUCGUUGGCACGGUGAGAAGCGACCAUGCCCCGAGGCCCCAUCAGUCGCCCGCCACGGCGUUGUUCGCCCCUGCAGGAUCGCAUUCCGGGGCUUCCUCUCCAACGAGAGCCAAUCUCCUGAGAGGGAGGUCGUCUACCAUGAGCUCUAUGGGCCGAGACUCAACAGACGACCAUCUCCUCCCGCCAACGACUCGAACAUCUUCGUCCACUGGUCGUAAGAGCUUUGGCGAUCUGUUCGGGUUGAGUCGCUUGCGGCAGAAUUCUGAACUGAGUCGACAGGGGACGUUGACACCUACCACACCAGGCUCAAUCGGCUCCAAGAAUAACUCACUUCAGCUGGCUAGGGAGUCAGUCACUCUCCCGGAUCGCCGCGAUGAUGAGUCUGCUGCAAAGUACCUAACCCGAGUCGAGGAGGUUGCUAGCAGAGGAAUCAUCGCCGCCACAUUGUCUAAAGGCGCGGAUACUUUCAUGACAUCAGUCCUCAGAAGUUAUAUGCGCAGCUUCAGCUUCUUUGGCGACCCGAUGGAUAUGGCUAUUCGCAAACUGUUGAUGGAAGCUGUACUUCCAAAAGAGACACAGCAGAUUGACCGAUUUCUCCAAGCGUUCGCGAAUCGCUACCAUGAGUGUAAUCCGGGCAUCUACUCCUCUCCAGACCAGGCAUACUUUAUUGCUUUUUCCCUUCUCAUCCUCCACACCGACGUCUUCAACAAAAAUAACAAGCACAAGAUGCAAAAAGCGGAUUACUUGAAGAACACACACGGGGAGGGCAUCUUUGACGACAUUUUAGAGUGCUUUUACGACAACAUCACAUAUACCCCCUUUAUUCAUGUCGAGGACGACUUCGAUCUCGGUGGCGAUCGCUUUGCUUCUCACAAGUCCAGGCGCAAGCCGGCAAUUCUCUCAGCUAAUCCCAACGACCCCGCUAAACGAACAACCAAGGAGCCCAUCGACCCGUAUACUCUGAUCAUAGACGGAAGUAUGGAUGUUCUACGCCCGAAUCUGAAGGAUACUAUGAACCUCGAUGACCACUACAACUACAUGGGUUCCGCGAGCCGCCUAGACCUAAAGGACUUGCAAAAAACAUUCUUUAGAACUGGUGUUUUACAAAUUGUGUCAGCCAGAUCACGCCCCGACGCCUUCAUGUCGGAGCAGACUGCCAUAAAUCCCCAGGAGGCGCAUCCCGGAAUUGUGGACAUCAAAGUCACCAAAGUUGGGCUCUUGUGGAGGAAAGAUCCCAAAAAGCGGAAGACACGCUCACCAUGGCAGGAAUGGGGCGCCAUCCUUACCGGCGCCCAACUCUACUUCUUCCGGAAUACUAGCUGGGUCAAGUCCCUGAUGCAUCAGUAUGAUAGCCAUAUCAAGGCAGGCCACGACGGAAUCCCUUUGAUAUUCAACCCACCACUGGAAGAAUUCAAGCCAGAUGCUCUCAUGUCUACUCACGGCGCCGUGGCUCUCCUUGACACAACCUACAAGAAACACAAGAACGCCUUUGUUUACGUGCGGCAAGGUGGCGUGGACGAGGUUCUCUUAGCUGACAAUGAAGAUGAGUUGAAUGAUUGGCUUGCCAAGCUCAACUAUGCCGCUGCCUUCAGCACCACAGGUGUGAGGAUGCGUGGCGUCGUUGGUGGCAGUUAUGACGGACAAGGUCGGCGUGGAAUGAGGCGACUUGAGAGCUCCGAUGCUACGCAACUAGUGCAAACCCCAACGGGGCUUGUCUCUAUUGCUCGCAGCCGCAUCGAUCACAAGAUGGCUGAAGACAUCUCAGUCGCUCGGCGAGAUGUGAUGCAAGUAAAGAUCGCAGAAGCUGAAGAAAAGUUGCAUGAGUGCCAGAAGCAGCUAGAUGACCAACUCAGAAAUGCUCGCCACCUUCAGAUACUGGCACCCAUCCAGCAAAAGACACGGGAACAGAUCAGUGUGGCAGCAACUCGGAUAUCCGCGCAGCUGAAGUGGACACGCAUGGGUAUCUGGAAGGAGAAGUGCCAUCGUGAUAUCUUAGUCCAAGAUCUUGAAGAAGAGCACCCGACAGCGAGCACAAAUUACACCCCUACCAAGCAACAAUCGAACCGACACUCUCAUAGGACAGGAUCGCCAACACCUCGCGCACUCCAUACCCGCAGAGGAUCUAGGUCGACACACCACUCUGGAACCGAUACGACGCCUCGAACCCCGACGACGGAUCCUCAGCUGGCGCAUGUUGCCAGUCCGUCCGAGGUGAGAGAAGAUCUCGACUCGCCUCUCGACCAAGUGUUCCAAACACCUCCUCAGAGCGCCACACGCCACCGGCUUAGUGCUCGGGACCUCUCUUUUGCAAGACACGACGCCCCUAGUACGAGACAUGGAUCAAUUUCAAGCCUUGCAGCAUCUCCCGUGCAAUCAGUCACCUCUGCUCCUCAAGUCCAACCAAUGUUCCCUACAGAGGAGGGCCCCGGGAAGUCGUCGAAACGGACUGAUGAUAGGCAUCCUGAUGAUCCCGAUGCUGAAGAACGGAAUUUGCUGGAGCAAGCGGGUCUUUUAGAAUCGAGGCCAAGCAGAGACCCAUCCGAUAAGACUGUAACAUCAACUGCCGGGGACGGAGGCGAUCGUGGUGCCUCCAUUGACAAGGACAAGCUUGACAGAAGCAAGAUUCGACGCAGUCUUCAACGGACCCUCAGGGAGGGUGCGGGGCAUCUCUCGCACCACCGAAACAGCAGGAAGGGCAAGGAAGUGGCCCCGAACGGAGUGGGUGAAGAAGAAGUACGAGAUGCCAAGCUCUCAAGAGGCACAGGCAGUUUCGUGGUCCACGGCAAGAAAGCUUCUGUCAUCCACUUUGGAAGUGAACUGCAAAAUAUGUCACAGGAUGAGAAGAUCCGCGCACGGAAUCAGGCACUGCAACAAGAACAGCCCCCUCUUUCUCCCGCCCUGAGCGAGGACGACUUCUACUCUGUCGUGGGCAUUCCUCUGGAGCCGAAAGAACGCCGGGAGUCUGCAGCAAGCGCGAGCACCGCCACGGCUCGAAGCUUCCGGGAACUCCACCGAAAGUACUCAUCUGCACAGGCAGCUAGAAGCGCCUCGGCUGGUGGGAGACUGACGAUCCCCUCGGAUACGGAGAGCGAGGUCGCCGUCAGCUUUUCGGACGGGCGCAGGAGCCCGCUGCCGCCGAUCGAGACGGAGACGGACGAGGAAAUGGACGAUAGCGAGAACGAAAGGGGACGCAGCGGCAAACGAGACGAACCCGAGGGCCGCGACUCAGACGAAGAAUCGCUCCCAGAUGUAGAGCAACUGCCCAACCGCCCCGUCCAGGCAGUGAACGCAUGA